AUGGUCGCCGCCAGAGAUUACUCUGUUGUUCUUGCCAAAAAACGGGCUAUCCAUGAAGCUGAGGCCCCAUCACUGGUGCCUAAUUAUCCGGACACGAUGGCUCCGGUUAACAAAGAAAUUCGAUCCUACAGUCUAGGGCCGGGAUUCGAUGCUGCUCCACCGACGCUCUUCCAGCAUGUUCUGACGUUCCUGAUCAUUAUGCCAGGCACGCAUGAUGUCUUCAGGCAGCAAUUGAUUGUGACCAAUGUGGUCAUACCAAUUGUUUCUAAGAGUGCAGCUCCAUUGACAGAUGAUGACCCAAUAAAGGAGAGAGCUUUCCGCAAACACCAGACAACGCUUCCUAAGAAACCCCUUGCUGCAACCAGACAAUCCAUACGGCUGUCAUCCAGGUCCCAGAGCAGCAGGCAAACGGCUAACUCAUUCCUCUUCCUGUCUGAUAAUAGGGACAAGGACCAACUGAUGAGGACAUCCUAUUCCUGGAUGAGGAAGAGCAUAAAGAAGAGGAAACCCAUGGGAAACAAAUCGCUAUCCCCUUUAUUAUCGACUCCUACUCCGUUAGCCACAACUAAUCAAACUGGGUCUCCUAGCUCUAACCUGCUAUCAUCAGCGGCACUCCGAGUCAGGAUGGCAAGUCUCAAAACAACUGCCCCCCGAGCAUCAAUGAGCCCUCUUGCAGGUGUUUUUGCCACUAAACUGUCCAAAAAGAUAAUUGGCAUCUCACUUGGCCAAGUGUUCACUGCUCAAGCUAAUCAGAUCAAGAAGGACCUUGAAGCUCUUAUGGCCGGGGGUAUGACCAGUGUCACUACUGAAACCAUAAGCGAAUUCCUUGCUGAGUUCAAUGAUCUGCAGAAACAAUACAUCUCCAACUCGGAAAUCAGGAAAAAUUUGCCCAUCUAUGAAGCUAACCUAUCCAAAAGCCAAGAGCAGGUUCAAACUUGUGCUCAGCAGAUGGAACAGGUUGAGAAAGAGUUGGCAGAAUUAGCUUUGGUGCAGCAGAAUGUAGAGAUGCAGCUGCAAGAAAUUAAAGAUCAAAUUUCAGCCAAAAACCAAGAGCUGGAUCCCACUGUCUGA